UUCCUGGCUCCUCCCCCACCCCCUUCUCUUUAAUAGGCCCUUAGGCGGGCUUCUGCCACUCUGCAGGCCUCACUCUGCGCUUCCACCAUGGCUCACAUUGCCAAGUCCUUCUACGACCUAAGUGCUAUCAGCCUGGAGGGGGACAAGAUAGAUUUCAAUACAUUCCGAGGCAGGGCAGUGCUGAUUGAGAAUGUGGCCUCGCUCUGAGGCACAACCACCCGGGACUACACCCAGCUCAACGAGCUGCAAUGCCGCUUUCCCAGGCGUCUGGUGAUUCUUGGCUUCCCUUGCAACCAAUUUGGACAUCAGGAGAACUGUCAGAAUGAGGAGAUCCUGAACAGUCUCAAGUAUGUCCGCCCUGGAGGUGGUUUCCAGCCCACAUUUACCCUUAUCCAAAAGUGUGAGGUGAAUGGUCAGAACGAGCAUCCUGUCUUCGCCUACCUGAAGGACAAGCUCCCCUACCCUUAUGAUGACCCACUUUCCCUCAUGACCGACCCCAAGUACAUCAUUUGGAGCCCUGUGCGCCGCUCAGACGUGUCCUGGAACUUUGAGAAGUUCCUUAUAGGGCCGGAGGGGGAGCCCUUCCGACGCUACAGCCGCACCUUCCUUACUAUCAACAUUGAGCCUGACAUCAAGCGCCUCCUCAAAGUUGCCAUAUAGAUAUGAGCUAUUCAGCACACAGAUCUCCCACUCCAUCCAGUCCCUCAGCAUCCUUCCUUAGGAUUCAGUGUGCCUUCAGGAGAUACUGCUGGACCUAAGCUUUCCCUUGAGAUCAGUCCCCUUCAUUGAAGAGACUGCCUUUCCGGUCUGCCUGUUUCCUUUCCCUCUCCCAACCCUCUGGUUGCUGGUUCCACUUAGAACUCCAAGACGUGGGUAGGCUCUGGACCUUCGCAGAAUGAUGGCACCUUCCUAAACCUUAUGGGCUGUGUCUGAGAAAUGUGAAGAGCCUAGGGCCAUCCUCCUAGAUGAGUCCAAUAAAGGGCAGGUGUGGAAA